AUGGGCGAAAGAGGCUCACGAUGGCUGGAGGCUAAGUUGCGUGCUGAUCCUGAGAAGCAGGGACGCCUGUUCAGAGACUGGAAAUUUUUUAUUGAACAACUCAAGGAGGCCUAUGGCCACCGCGGCGUUGGGUACGGAGCUCUCGCCAAAAUCUGGCAGCUCCGCAUGCGUAGUGACCAGGCGGGCGAGGCUACAGAUCUCUCCUUUUUAACCUGUUCCGAGACGGUCUCACCGAGAAACUACGCGAGCAGUUCGAAAGUUUCCCGCCUGACAACAUCUGGGACUGUACGUAUCGACCAACAUCGACUGCUUGGCAAAACCCGCAGGCCACCGCCGGUCGACAGCAGUACUCGGCGCCACGCUAGCAAGAGCGCCAGUAGCCGGUUUCCUCUGCCACAGCAAGAGAAGGGCAACACUAAGACCACUGCUCCAGCGGCUAGGCCCCUCCCGCCGCAUCAAGCGCAGCAGUUGGCUGGCUGCAAGAAACUGCACGGGCACCACGUUCGGGCCCAACUCGUGCCGCAGUUGCAGGGCCGAGGAUCAUUGGGCGCACAAUUGCCCGUGAAAGCACAAGCCGAGGACUGA